AUGACUAUUGCUGCAUAUGCGUAUGAAACAAAUGAAGCAAGAAGAGCACAUGAACUAGUAAACGAAAACUCAACUUUAACCAUUGAAGGCAAUGAUUUAGUCAUUGACGAUGGAAAAACUAAAAAAGUCAUUGAUUUCGAUACUUUUAACACUUAUGACCCAUUCAUUACAAUAAGUAAAGUUCCUAUCAUAAAUGAUGGAACGGUGCAAUAUAUAAAUUCUACAGUAGAUGCCUCAUUAGUGAAAGUACUGAAUGUUCUCAUUGAAUUGUUAAAGAGCUUUCGAUUUGACGACAACAUUAAAUGCCUAAAGAAUUUAGUCAUGAAUGAGAAACAAAUUCUCGGCGUUGCUGGUAGCAGUAAUGAUGUACACCUUAUGACAUUAGAAUAUUAUAACGAACAUAAAGAUGAACUGAAAGGAGAGAAGGGUGACACCGGACCACAAGAAAUACAAGGAAUACAAGGAAUACAAGGACCUCAAGGCGAAAACGGUUUGGAUGGAAAGGAUGGAAAGGAUGGAAAAACUGCUAAAUCAUGGAUAUGGGACCUUAUAAAUACUGGUUUAACAGCUGCUUCAUAUGGAGUUCUUCAAUACCAAAUCGGAAAGAUAUGGGCAGUACUUGGUGAAGAAGCUUUAGAUGACGUUAAAAAUGCUUUGAACUUCAUUUCAAAUGGUUCGGAUACUAUUAAAACUUUAUCUGGUUGGAUGCAAGAAACAAGGAGUCAAAUAGAUACUGUAAGACGUAUAGCAAACAAUGCACGUACGGGAUUGGAUACUUUACGAGAAGCACAAAAUACACUAAAGGAAGCAAAUGGUAUUCUUGGCUCAGUAUCAGACAUGCAUGAAGAUUGGCUUAAAGGUAUUGACAAAUCUUUAAAAAAUCACAGUCAGUCUAUUGCUGACUACAAGAAAAGUAUAGAUUUUUUACAUAGUGCUAUGGACGUACAUGAUGGAAGCAUAAGGAACUUACUUAAUGCUAACAAUAACUUACCAGGAACUAUUAAAGCAUUUAUAAAGUCCUUUGUAAAACCUGGUGCUCUAACAUUUAGGUCUUUGA